UUGAACCCACCCAUUUUUCAAAUGAUCAAAAAUAUUAGAACAGGUAUUUCUUUUGCCAAUUUUUGCGCCCUGUUAGUAGCACUGAAUGUCUACUCUUGGUUUGAGCCCUUGGAUGCACCUGUAAAGACUGCAUUUGUUGUUAAAAAGGAUAAACAAUGAGGAAGGACAGAGAGCUGUCUAUGGGAGAAAAGCAAGUCAUUUUGAAGAAAAGAGGGAAAACCUGUCAGAGCCAUUGACAAGAACGGGGCAUAGCCAUUACCAAUAUUUAGACUGUCCUGAAAAAGAAAGAAUCCACCAACAAGCAGACAUCAAACAGGCCAGCCAAUGAAAAAAACAGCAGUUGAUGACAGAAAGAUUGUGAGAGCUGUAAAGAAAAACCCCAAAAUAACAGUCAGUGACAUAAGCAACAACCUCCACAGGGCAGGGGUGAAGGUAUCACAAUCUACCUUUGGAAGAAGACAUAGAGAGCAGAAAUAUAGAGGCCAUUCCACAAGAUACAAACCACUCAUCAGCAGUAAGAAUCAGAAAGCCAGAGUGGAAUUACAGAGAUGAGCCACAAAAAGUUUCCGCUCUCUUUUGGACAUUCCUGGAUCUGCAGACGUACACUCCAUCGAGCUCAGUCCUUUCCUCUCUCUUGAGGAUGUAACAGCGUUUGUGUCUCAACUGAGGGACAAAGUGGAAAAGUUCUGCUGUCAGGAGUUCAGAAUGGUAUCAAAUGCAGUAAAAGAAAUCCAGAUUAUUCCUCUUCCUGAACCCAAAAGCAGAGAAGAGUUCCUACAGUAUUCCUGCCAGUUCACACUGGACCCGGACACGGUAAAUAAACACCUCUGUCUGUCUGAGAGGAACACAGUGGUGACCUGCAGUGAAACACCACAAUCCUAUUCUGUUCAUCCAGACAGAUUUGACUAUUAUCUCCAGGUGUUGUGUACAGAGAGUGUGUGUGGACGGUGUUACUGGGAGCUCGAAUGGAGCGGACAUCAUGGCGUUUCUAUAGCAGUGUCGUAUAAAAACAUCAGCAGGAAAGGAAAAGGUACUGAAUGUUUGUUUGGUCGAAACGACCAGUCCUGGAGAUUGUUUUGCUAUCCCUCCUGCUACUCGUUCAGACACAUUAAAAAAGAAAUUAAAAUCCCAGUAAUGCCCAGCUCCUCUAGAAUAGGAGUGUAUGUGGAUCACAGGGCAGGGAUUCUGUCCUUCUACAGCGUCUCGGACACGAUGAAGCUCCUCCACAGAGUUCACACCACGUUCACUCAGCCUCUUUACCCCGGGUUUGUGGUUUGUAAAGGAUCAGCUAUUAAACUGUAAUCAUCAGAGACAUUUAUGAAAUAAAUUGUUUAUCUAGAAUGGAUGCGAAAUCGUUAACUUUGACGAACAAUUAUUGUUUUGGAAUUUAUCUUUCAGACUUACUGGGGCCUUUUAAUCAUUUCUCAAGAUCCAUGUGUUAAUGAAAACCUCCUCAUUGGACAUUUAUUAUGUCCAGGACUGUGUUUGCAGGGCUAAAGAGACAGUGUUAUCUUUGCGCUGACCUGGAAUGGGAUGUUCAACAAGCACAUAAGGACGUGAUGGUCAGGCGUCCACAUACUUUUGGCCAUAUAGUGUAAUUCUGAUAUGUAAAAAAAAAAAAAAAAGAUUAAAAACCAUAAACAGUGUAUCUGGUUACUUUAUUUAUUUGAAAAAGCUUAGGAAAGAACAGCAACGUACAAAUCAACAAUGUUGGAGAAGAUACAUUGUGACUGUAACUGGUCAAGCUACAAGGCACUCAUGAUUUCAAUGAUCAGUCACUACUGUGUUGAUAAA